AAAAAUUAAGAUUUUUUGAAGAAAUAUAAAAAUAUGCCUAAGAAUUCAUUAAACAUUAAUUCUAAAAUGAUACGUGAUACUUCUUCUCAAUUGCAGUGUACCCCAUCUUAUAUAAAUAAAGAAGCAUUGGCUUCUUUAACAGUUCAACAAAACCCAGAAACAAAAAUAAAUGUUUUAAAUAAGGUUUAUUUAAAUAGUUCUCAGUUAAAAAAAGCAGGAUUGAGUACAGGGGAUCUUGUUUUAGUAGAAAAUGAAAAGCCCUCAAUGCCAUAUUCUUUUGGAAUUGCCUGGAUGCAUUCAGGAACAGGAGCCGAUGAAGUUAAACUAUCAGAAGAUCUUCGAAAAAAAGGGAAAAUUUUGCUAGGACAACAAGUUUCUGUAAGAAAAUAUCCUUUACCAGUUUUAAAAGCACAAGUUGUUGGAAUUGAAUCAUUAAAUUUGGAAUCAGAAGAUAAUAUGUUGAAUAAAAUGAAAGAUUUUCUUGUAAAAAUAAGAUAUGUUUCUAUAGGAUCAGAAUAUGAAUAUCAUUAUCAAGGAAAAACAAUUAUUGUUAAAAUUAAAAUGGUAGAUAAUUUAAAUGAGCUUACAAAUAGGAUUAAAGCAAUGGAACUUUCAGAUAAACGUGUUUAUCAGGAUGUAUUUUUAAUAACAAAAGAUACUAAAGUUGUUUUAUCAUGGGAUAUAAAUGAUAAUCCAUCUUUUAAAAUUACAUUUGCAAAUAUUGGUGGUUUAAAACAUCAAAUUGAAUUGCUUAGAGAUUAUGUAGAAUUACCUCUAUUGAAACCAGAAUGCUUUGAAAUAUUUGGUAUAAGUCCUCCAAAGGGGGUGCUUUUAUAUGGACCUCCAGGAACAGGAAAAACUAUGCUUCUCCGAGCAAUUGCUAACGAGACAAAAGCAUAUGUAGAACUUGUAAAUGGACCUUCUGUUAUUGGGAAAUAUCUUGGUGAAACAGAGGCAAAUUUAUGCAAAAUAUUUGAAAAUGCAAAAAAAAAUCAACCAAGCAUUAUUUUUAUUGAUGAAAUUGAUGCAAUUGCUCCAAAAAGAGGAGAAGAUACUGUUGAAAGAAGAAUUGUCGCUACUUUGUUGACAUUAAUGGAUGGAAUGAAUAGUUCUGGUCAAGUUGUUGUAGUUGGGGCUACAAAUAAACCUAAUGCUCUUGAUGAAGCUUUACGUAGACCAGGAAGAUUUGAAAAAGAAAUUGAAAUCGGUGUUCCUAAUAUAGAUGCUAGAUUGGAAAUUUUAAACCUUCACUUUAGUAAAAUGCCUCAUGAUUUAGAUGAAGAUGAUAUUAAAAGAUUAGCAAAAAGAACACAUGGAUAUGUUGGUGCAGAUUUAACCUCUGUUUGUAGAGAAGCUUCAAUAUUAGCUAUAAAGCGUGGAAUAGAUAAGAAUAUUCCUGAAAAGGAUUUUACUAUAUCUAAAUAUGAUGUUGAAACUGCAUUAAAAAAUGUAAGACAGAGCGCAAUGAGAGAGAUAUUUUUGGAAACACCACAUGUUAAGUGGUCGGACAUAGGUGGGCAACAAAUAAUAAAACAAAAGUUACGGGAAGCUAUUGAAUGGCCCUUAACUCAUCCAGAAACAUUUACAAGACUAGGAAUCAGCCCUCCUAAGGGAAUAUUACUUUAUGGGCCUCCCGGUUGUUCAAAAACAUUAAUUGCAAAAGCAGCAGCUACAGAAGCAGGAAUUAAUUUUUUUGCUAUUAAAGGUCCCGAAGUAUUUAAUAAAUAUGUUGGAGAAAGUGAAAGGGCUAUUCGUGAAAUAUUUAGAAAAGCACGUUUAGCAAGUCCAAGCAUGAUAUUUUUUGAUGAAAUAGAUGCAUUAUCUAUUAAUAGAGGUUUGGGAGAGGAAACAAAUGAUAGAGUAUUAUCAGCACUACUUAAUGAAUUGGAUGGUAUUGAAAAUCUUAUUAAUGUUACUGUUUUAGCAGCAACUAAUAGGCCCGACGUUAUUGAUAAUGCAUUAUUAAGACCAGGAAGAUUUGAUAAAAUUGUAUAUGUGGGACUUCCUGAUUUAGAGACACGGAAAGAUAUUUUUAAAAUAAAAUUUAGAACAAUGAAUAUAGCAAAUGAUGUAGAUAUUGAGUAUUUAUCAGAAAAAACAGAUGGAUGUUCUGGAGCAGAAAUUGCUGCAUUAUGUCAGGAUGCUGGAAUCAAUGCUAUGUACGAUAAUAUUAACGCAAUUAAUAUAGAAAAAAAACACUUUGAUAAAGCAUUAAUGAACCUUGUUAAGCAUACCACUGUUGAGAUGAUUGACUUUUAUAAAUCUUUUAAUCAUGGCCACCUUAAAAUAUUACGUCAAAAAUUCUAUCAAAAAUACAUUUAUUCUGUUUAUCUAUAUUUAGGAAAAAGGUGCUUUUUCAACUUUAAUCAAAGAAAUUUUUAAAAAUAUCGUUAUUAUAUAUAUAAAGAAUUAAGGUAUUUUAAAAUA